AUGAGUCGCCCAGUCCUCAACUUUCUCCGCCCAUACCUUCACCAGGCUAGUCGCUCCGUUAAACCGGAACAUGCUCGAGCGUAUCUCGCUAUCCAGCGGCGCUUUGCUCAGAGCCUAGCCGCCGACGCAUACACCGGCCCGCAUGACGUCGAGAAGCAGAAGCGCCUGGAGCACUUGGGCAAGGUAAAGCCGUUGGGCGAUUACCACCCUAGGUUGGUCCACUCUGCGGAUACUCAGAACUUGUCCAUACGCGACUUCAACGCCAAGUACGAUGGCAUCCAGGAGACGAAGGAGGACCUUGUGUCUGUGUUUGGAAGGGUGCGCUCAGUGCGGCUGCUCGGCUCCAAGUUGAUGUUCCUCGAUAUCGAACGCGACACCCAGCGACUGCAAGUCAUGGUGGAGCUCAAGAAGCUCACGCCGCAGGAUGGCUUAGAUGAGAGCUUCAAGAGCUUCAAGAAGAUUGCCAGAAUUGGCGAUUGGGUGUCUAUUGAAGGCAACCCUACAAAGACAUCUACUGGGCAACUCUCAGUCCUUGCGCUUGAUGUGCCUCAGAUCCUAGCGCCAUGCCUUCACCACCUCCCAGAGAGGAUUGACGAUGCCGAGACACUCGCCCGACGGCCGCACAUUCAUGCGCUCACGAGCGACGAGCCUGGAGAUGUCCUUCGACUCCGGGCGCUGAUCUACGACUACGUGCGCACAUACUUUAUACAGAGCGGGUUCCUAGAAGUGGAGACACCCAUGUUCGACGUCAACGCUGGAGGUGCUAUUGCGCGACCCUUCGAGACAGUCGCAAAUGAAGUGUCCAACACCCCUGUGCGGCUUAGGAUAGCACCUGAGCUCAACCUCAAGCGAUUGAUUGUUGGGGGUCAAGACAAGAUCUUCGAGAUCGGACGCGCCUUCAGAAACGAGGGUGUCGACAACACGCAUAACCCAGAGUUCUCGACUUGCGAGUUCUACGAAGUUGGCGCGACCCUACCCACUGUCGUCGCCAGGACAGAGCAACUGGUACACGGACUCCAUACUGCGAUCGAGUCGCUAAGGCCGACGUACUUCCCUACCCUAGCGGCGCCGGAAGAUAUCGACUUCGCACAGCCCUUCGCUCAGCUUCCCUUCAUACCCACUAUCGAGCAAGCCUGUAGUCGCAAGCUGCCUGAUCUGUUAUCACCGAAUGCUUCCAAGGAACUGCUUCAGCUGUUUGACGACCUUGAACUCACCGCUCUGCCCAACCCCACACUUCCACGUCUUCUCGACGCUCUUGCUGAGAUAUACAUCGAGCCGCUGUGCAAGAAUCCCACUUUCAUCACUCAGCACCCUGAAGCGCUCUCUCCACUCUCAAAGUCUUAUCUUGACGAGGCUACUGGACAACGCGUUGCAUCUCGCGUGGAACUGUUUAUCCAUGGCCGCGAAUACGUCAACGCAUACGAAGAGGAAAAUUCUCCGUUUGAACAGCGUCGCAAGUUCAUGCAGCAGCGUGAUUUCCACCCCGAGGGUGAAGGCGCUAUUGACGAAAGUUAUCUCGAGGCGCUGGAGUGGGGUAUGCCUCCCACUGGUGGAUGGGGUUGUGGGUUGGAUAGAUUGGUCAUGCUGUUCGCUAGUAAGAAGAGGAUAGCAGACGUGCUGCCUUUCGGUACAUUGCGAAACGUAGUUAGCAUUUCCAAGACGAAGUGA